GGGAGGGGGAGACCUGUGAAGAUGGCGGCAGUGGUAGAGCUAGAGGUUGGACGAGGUGCUGCCGGGGAACGGGAGCUGGAUGAGGUUGAUAUGUCACACCUCUCCCCAGAGGAGCAAUGGAGGGUCGAGCAUGCACGCAUGCAUGCCAAACACCGUGGUCACGAAGCCAUGCAUGCCGAAAUGGUCCUCAUCCUCAUCGCUACCUUGGUGGUGGCCCAGCUGCUCCUGGUGCAGUGGAAGCAGAGGCAUCCUCGCUCCUACAAUAUGGUGACCCUCUUUCAGAUGUGGGUUGUUCCCCUCUAUUUCACAGUGAAGCUGCACUGGUGGAGGUUCCUAGUGAUCUGGAUCUUCUUCUCUGCUGUCACAGCCUUUGUCACCUUCCGAGCCACCCGAAAGCCACUAGUGCAGACAACCCCAAGGUGAGAAUUUAGGUGGAGAAUUGAGAUUUCCUGAAGCUAAUGGCUUGGGAUGCAUGGGAGGGGGGUGGUAGAAUACAAAGCAGUGGUGUCUCAGGACAGGCCAUGCUACUUCCUUUACAGGAUCAAACCAGAAGAUGCCAUGGACUUUGGCAUUUCUCUCCUCUUCUAUGGCCUCUACUAUGGUGUUCUUGAGCGGGACUUUGCAGAAAUGUGUGCAGACUACAUGGCGUCUACCAUAGGGUUCUACAGCGAGUCAGGCAUGCCUACCAAACACCUCUCGGACAGCAUGUGUGCCGUGUGUGGGCAGCAGAUCUUUGUGGAUGUCAGUGAAGAGGGCAUCAUCGAGAACACGUACAGGCUGUCUUGCAAUCAUGUUUUCCACGAGUUCUGCAUUCGCGGCUGGUGCAUUGUGGGAAAGAAACAGACGUGUCCCUACUGCAAAGAGAAGGUAGACCUCAAGAGGAUGUUCAGCAACCCCUGGGAGAGGCCCCACGUCAUGUACGGGCAACUGCUGGAUUGGCUUCGCUAUUUGGUAGCCUGGCAGCCUGUCAUCAUUGGCCUGGUACAAGGCAUCAACUACAUCCUGGGCCUCGAGUAAUCAGGCAGAAGAGAAUCUACCCACCAUGGACCUCAGGGCACACUCCUCCCUGCCCUUCAAGACCUCCUGGGUGGGAAAGACUCAAAGGGGCACUUGGGCCACUCAGGACCCUCCUGGCUGUGUCCGGGCAUGGGAGGGAUAUGAUGGCGAGCUAGCCAGUGGGCUGUCAGCAGUGGGGGCUUUUUAAAAGAAAACUAUUUUGAUGAAUAUAUUUAAAAACCUUUUUUAUUGUGGAGCAUAGGAACUGCCCCAACUCCUGCAGGCCUGAUCCUCCUGCUUGAGCAGGGCGGGAGCAGAGCCACCACCUUUCUGGUUUAAAGGAGCCUCCUCACCUCUGGCUGAGAGCCUCAGCCCACCCAUCUCCUUCCCUCGAAGGGGCUCAAGCCCAGCGCGCUCAGCGUGGAAGAGCUGAAGCCCGCCCCCCCUGUUGCCACAGGGAGCCCUGUGUGGUGAGGCAUCUCCUGCCGUCCCCUGCCCAGGAGCCAUGGGCUGGUGGAGGCAAGUGGGAUCUGGUGACUUUUCCAGCGAGGGAAGCCCUGGGACCGCAGAAUGCCUUGAGGGUUUGUUUGGGGGCAGGAGCAGUUUGGGUGACCUGCCCGGAGCAGCCCUGCCCCCAGCCAGAACGGAGGCCCUGGGAGCUGCAAUGAUGGAGGGCCCCUUGUGCCCGGAAGUGGCAGUAUAUACCACAGGCCAUUCAGCCACAUCACUUCCUUCCCGGAAAGCCUGUGUGAAUGUGUGCGUGCGUCUGAGUGGAUGCGGCAGAGGGAUUGUGACAGACAUGAGACUGUUCCCUUGAAGCUGGCAGGGGAUUCCCAGCCAGAGAAUGUCCCUGCGUCAGCUUUGUUGUUCAUGGGCCUGGCCGUGGAAGUUGGUGGGGUAGGUAGUAGGUGGGGGAGGCCCAGGUGAGUAUGGCUUCUGAAAAGGGGUUCCAGGGAGGCCCAGCCCUGGUCCUAGGAGUUGUGAGGACGUGGGAGGGUAAACAUGGGGCUCCUAGGAAAUACGGCCCAUCUGGGCCUAUCCCUUCAAGGGCAGUAAGAACCAAGAAGGAUCUUGUCACUCCAUUCUGAAUAAAGCUCCAUGAGCUGGGUUGGAAAGCUGAA